AUGCGCACAGGUGGACUUUUUCGAAGGAAUACUGUUGUUACUCCUAAACGCGAUGACGAUUUUGGGGAUUACGCGACUGUUAUUAGCUCGGAGGACGAUCCAAAAAGACUUAAGGAAUACAUUACCAGGCUUUAUAAGUCUCUAAAGGAAAAGAGCAAAAGUCUUAGGUCGGCUUAUACAAAGCUCGAUUUGUUGAAUAGUGAAAUUAAUCAAGAGAAGACAAGGUUGGUAGACAUUGAAGAUGAAAAACAAGUCACUUCGAGGUAUGCGCUCUUUUGCCUUAUUAAAUAUAUUAAAAAUCAAAUGCAAGGAAUGGCAGAUCAAUUGGCGUCCAAGGAAGAAUUAUUUUGUCAAUGGCAAGCAAAGUUGGUUGAACAGACACAAAAAGAACGCGAUGUUAUAAUUGAAGAGAUGGAUGAAGAACGCGCGCAAUUCAAAGAACGAAUCAAUCAGCUUGAAGAUGCUUUAAAUCUUGCUAAUGUAGAAAUUACAAGAUUAACUAUCGAGAUGACUGAUCUAACCAAUUCACAAAAAAAGAGGAUGUCAACAACUAGUACGACGGAUGAGAAUAGAUCUUCCUUGGAUAUACUAUUUAAUAGCAAUAAAAAUAAAGAGGAUGAUCGAUACGAACUCACGAAGCAAAUCUUAGAGAUCACACAACGAAGGAUAAGUUUACAAACGGAGCUUACAUUAUUAGAAGAUCAGUAUGAUGAUUUAAAGGUAAAUAGGGUACUAAAUAUCAAAGAUCAUAUACGAAAUUCUUAUGUGGAUUCAAUCAAAUCAACUCUCGAAGGAGAACCAACUACUCCGACAAGAAAACGACUCCCUCAAGCAACAGAUCGGAAAAAAAAUGUUUAUGAGAUCUCUAGAAGAUGUUAA